AUGAUUACAAACCAAUUUCAUCAUAGUGAUUUUUUAAUUGUUAAUUUCAAACACGCUCUAAAAAGUCGAACGACCCAAAACCAUUUUUUGGCAGAAAGGAUUGUUUGGAUAUCAGUGGGCAUAUUGGUGUGCCUGUUCAUGGUUCAAAGACUGGGAACUGACAAAGUAGGGUACAGUUUUGCUCCUGUAAUCUGCAUUUGGUUUGCGUUCAACGCUGGGAUUGGAGUUUACAACUUCAUCAAAUACGACCCAACAGUUUUAAAGGCCUUAAAUCCAAAGUACAUAGUGGAUUAUUUCCAAAGGAACAAAAAGGAUGCUUGGAUUUCUCUCGGCGGCACUGUACUUUCCAUCACAGGAACUGAAGCAUUAUUCGCCGAUGUCGGGCAUUUCAGCGUUCGAUCAGUUCAGCUGAGCAUGUCGGCGGUGACCUACCCAGCUCUAAUUUGUGCCUACGUAGGUCAGACCGCGUUUCUUCGCAAGCACAGCGAUCUCGUUGCAGAUACAUUCUACAAGUCGAUUCCUGGAGGUCUGUAUUGGCCAAUGUUUGUGGUGGCUGUUUUAGCAUCAAGCAUAGCAAGCCAGGCCAUGAUCUCAGGAACUUUCUCUAUAAUUCAACAGUCGCUUUCACUUGGAUGCUUCCCUAGAGUCAAAGUGGUUCAUAUAUCUGAUAAGUACGAAGGCCAAGUUUAUGUUCCUGAGGUCAAUUACCUUCUCAUGUUGGCUUGCAUUGGGGUCACUUUGGCCUUCAAGAACACUACAAAGGUUGGCAAUGCAUAUGGAAUAGCAGUGGUUUUUGUGAUGACACUCACAUCCUCCUUCCUAGUACUCAUAAUGGUGAUGCUAUGGAAAACUCACAACCUACUCAUAAUCACUUACAUACUUGUAAUUGGAAGUGUGGAAUUUAUGUAUCUGAGUUCAGUCCUUUACAAGUUCGACCAAGGAGGCUAUCUCCCGCUGACAUUUGCAGCUAUUUUGAUGACAAUAAUGUAUGUGUGGAAUAGUGUCUUCAGAAAAAGGUACUUUUAUGAGCUCAACAACAAAAUCUCCUCAGAAAAGCUCAAUGAGAUGGUGAAUACCACCAACUUUAGGCGGAUUCCUGGCGUGGCAUUCUUCUAUUCAGAGCUUGUUCAAGGCAUCCCUCCCAUCUUCAAGCACUACAUCGAGCACGUACCCGCACUGCACACCGUGCUCGUCUUCGUCACCAUUAAAUCGCUUCCCAUGAGCAAGGUUCCAGCGGAUGAACGUUUCCUUUUCCGACAACUAGAAGUCAAGGAGAUCGAUGUGUUCCGCUGUGUUGUUCGAUAUGGGUACACGGAUGUACACACCGAACAAGAGUCGUUCGAGAAGAUUUUACUCGAAAGAUUGAAGGAGUUCGAAAGAGACCAACGGAAGUUGUCUAAGGUGAAAAAUGGGGUCGGGGAGAGAGUGGAAGAAGAGGAAGAUGAUGAUGAAAACGGUUUUGGAGGAGUUGUAGAAGCAUGGAAGGAUGGUGUAGUUCACUUGAUGGGGGAAACUGAAGUAAUUGCCCAAAAAGGGGCUGGCAUGGGAAAGAGGAUUAUGAUAAACUAUGCACAUAACUUCUUGAAGAAGAACCUGAGGCAAACUGAGGAAGUUUUUGACAUUCCUCACAAGCAUAUGCUCAAAGUGGGCAUGAUUUAUGAACUUUAGAAACGCCAAGGGCAUUUUUGUCUUUGUAUU